AGAUAUAUCUGUACUAUAAUAUGACUAUUUCUUGUUAUUUUUUGACUGGGUUUAUUAUUUUAUCAUUAGUAUUUAGUUCUGUGGCGCCAAUCUCAAAAACAGAGUUCCGUCUAUGCUGUCAAGUUGGAACCAAAUCUGAAAACUGUACAUCGUAUUCCGAACAUCGAGACCUUAUCGGUGUGGCUUGUUGUGGCAGCCACGUAUACAAUACAUCGAGUCAAUUGUGUUGCGAUGAAAACGUACACAAUCGGGACAGAGGCGGUGUCAUGGCUCAUUCGUGUUGCGAUACACAACCUCUUCGCCUCGAUCAAACUUGUUGUGGAGGGGUGAUUCAUAACAUAAUUGGAGGUGAUUGCUGCGGUAAGGAUGUCUAUUUCCAAAAGGAUACAACUUUCUUGUGUUGUGAUCGGACAUUAUCUGUAAAAUCCACACCAGAUGAUAUUUGCUGCGGAAAUGCCACGUAUGACGGUGGAGUUCAGCAAAUUUGCUGCGGAAAUUCUGUAUUUGACUCUACGGAAUUCAAUUCCUGUUGCCAACUAAACAAUGGAACAUCAUCCCGUCCGUAUCACUCUUCAACUCAUGUUUGCUGUGACGGUCCACUAGAAAAGGCAUCGACUGUCCGAGCAUGUUGUUAUCUUCGAAGAGAAAAUGGCAAAUUUAUCGAUACGCAAUACGACAAAACCAAACAAUGUUGCAAGUAUCCGUACGAUAAAAUCUACUCAAUGGGAAAGAAUAAAAAUUGUUAAAUUUUUAAAAUAUCUUUAUUUGAAAAUUGGAAAAUAAAAAGGAUUUAUUAAU